GGGACCCUGCUCAUAUUCCCUACAAUGUAACGGCUUAGUCUAACACCUGCAGCCAGGCCUGGCGGGCGGGCCCGCAGCAGACAAAGCCCAGGUCUGCCCAGCUCCCACCCGUGGGAGUGCCCGGUGGGAAACUCGUGGUGCCGGGGACCAGGCCCUGGGCGGCACUGGGGGAUGCAGACAGGGACCAGGACCCCUCCUGCGCCGGGAGCUCAGCUGACACCGCGGCGGGGGGCGGGCAUCCAACCCACGCAUCCCCGCCCCCAGGUGGGGCAGCGCACAGCAUGUCUGCAGGUGGCAACCACUCGGAAGUGACCGAGUUCAUCCUGGUGGGCUUCCCGGGCUCGCUGAGACUCCACGUGGGCCUGCUGGUGCUGUUCCUGCCGGUCUACCUGCUGACCGUCACGGAGAACGUGCUCAUCAUCGCGGUGAUCCGUGUCAGCCCUCUACUGCACAAGCCCAUGUACGUCUUCCUCGGCAACCUGUCCUUCCUGGAGGUGUGGUACGUCUCCGUCACGGUGCCCAAGUUGCUGCUCAGCCUGGUGGCGCCCGAGUUCCGCCGCAUCUCCUUCGCGGGCUGCAUGGCACAGCUGUACUUCUUCCUAGCGCUGGCCUGCACCGAGUGCGCGCUCCUGGGCGUCAUGGCCUACGACCGCUACGUGGCCAUCUGCAGCCCCCUGCGCUACCCGGCCAUCAUGAGCCCCCGCCUCUGCAGCCUCCUGGCCACAGGCUCUUGGCUCUCGGGCUUCGCCAUCUCCGUGGGAAAGGUCUUCUUCAUCUCGCGCCUGGGCUACUGCGGCCCCAACGUCAUGAACCACUUCUUCUGCGAUGUGUCCCCACUGCUGAACCUGGCAUGCUCCGACAUGUCUGUGGCGGAGCUCGUGGACUUCCUCCUGGCGCUGCUCAUCCUGCUGGGGCCGCUGCUGCUCACUGUCUCCUCCUACACCGCCAUCAUCAGCGCAGUGCUGCGCAUCCCGUCUGCCACCGGCCGGCACAAGGCUUUCUCCACCUGCGCCUCGCACCUGGCCGUGGUGGUCAUCUUCUACUCGGCCUCCCUCUUCAUCUACGCCCGGCCUCGCGCCAUCUACUCCUUCGACCUCAACAAGCUGGUGUCCGUGGUCUAUACCGUGCUCACGCCCCUGCUCAACCCCAUCAUCUACUGCCUGCGGAACCGGGAGGUCAAGGAGGCCCUGCACAGGGUGGUGCAGGGGGCAGCCCAGACCCUGGGCGCCUCGUCCUAG